CGCUUUUGCUUCAUUUCGCGACGCUGCCGUGUAGCAUCUAGCGCGUAGGUAUAUUAUUGUGUGGCUACUUUUUGUCAUAUUGUGUGGCCGCCGGAAUAUCAGGAAAAUGGCAGACGUAUCUGACGAAAACCUCCAAAAAGAAAUUCUAAAGAUUCUUGAAAAGGCAAACUUAGCAAAAACAUCAACCAAGAAAGUGAGACAGAAGUUGGAGGAGGUAUUCGACACUGACUUGACUGAUAAGAAAGAGUUGAUUGACCAAUAUGUUAUGGACUAUGUCAAUAAAAUGGAAUCAGAGAAUUCAGAUAGUGCUGAAGAAGAAUCUGAUGAAAAGAAAAAGCCUGCACCCAAGAAGAGAAAGAAGAGGAAGGGAUCAGAUUCAGAUAGUGAUUGGGUGAAGAAAAAACCUAAAAAGCAGGCAGCAGCUGGGGCAGGACGUGGCAAAGGCAGUGGCUACACUCGGGCAUACAAACUAUCCCCAGCCUUAGCUGAAUUAAUGGGACAGGAAGAGAUGCCACGACAUGAAGUGGUGAAACGUGUAUGGACCAUCAUCAAAGAGAAAAACUUAUAUGACCAGUCUAACAAACAAUAUGCCAUAUGCGACGACGCCCUCUACAAGGUUAUAGGCACUAAGCGAUUCCGAACGUUCGGUAUGAUGAAAUAUUUGAAAACUCAUUUCUUAGAUUAAUUCACAAUUAAUUAAGUAGCUUCUAUGAGCCGUGGCUAAGCCAUCAAAGUAUAAACGCUAGACUAUCUUUUGUUAACAUUUCUGUGUGAGAAAUAGUUACUUGCAAUGUGACUUUCAUGAGUACUCUGUAAUUUUUGAUAGUGAUCCCGCAAUCUAUGAGUUUUUGUAUAUAUCACCGUAAAAUUGCAAAUACCGUUAGGUUGCAAUCUAUCUCGCAAGAUUGUGAACUGUCGAAAGAUAGUGAAUUACAACGUACUGCUUACAAUUUAACGUAUUAUUAUUCGGUAGAUUGUAAUCUAUCGAAGUGAAACCGUCAAAUUACAAUUCUUAAAUUGUCAACUCUCCGAAGGCUGUCCCUGAUUGGUCGGCUUUAUAGUAAGACCGUAGAACUAACAAAUAUGGUGGCGCGGGGCAUAUGCCGUUCAACCAAUCAGCGCGCGAGGUACGUUCCGUGUUACAAUUUGACGGUUUCCUUUCGAUACUUUACAAUCUACAAUAAUAAUGAGUUAAAUGGUAAGCAGAACGUUGAAGUUCACAAUCUUUCGACGGUUCACAAUCUCGCGAGAUAGAUUACAACCAUAUUAACGGUAUUUACACUUUUUCGGUGACAUAUACACUAGAGCUGCGGUUACUGAAAGUAUAUCAAUUGCUAUUAAAAGUUAUAGGAGUAGCCGCGCUGGCAAUGAAACAGCUAAUAAAUUGCAGAUUAUUGGUCUAACAAUAAUUUAUGUAUUACAUGCAAUUGCCAUCGUGUUGAAGUUUUUGAUCUACACUUAGGUAUUAAUAGAAUAUUUUUAUUAUCAUGUAAUUUGUACUUUAGGUACCAUCUUAUAUUUUGCAUUCAUCUUAUAUCUAAGAAUUAUGUUUAUAUCAAAAACCUUACAAAAUAAUUCAUUUAUCAAGAACCGAAAAUAUCGGAGUCUUUCAAAUUGUUUUUAAAUUGUAAAGUAAUCCUUAUAUUUUCGUUCUAAUGUUGUUCCUUUUUUAAAUUUUAUAUCAUAAUUUUCUUACUAAAAUAAUUAAAAUUUAUAAUGUUUUGCGACAUAUAUGCGAUCCCUCCCAAGCAUUCGGUGAUUUGUAUCUAAGAGUAAGCUAAAACAAACUCCUAUUGGAUAAAUUAUCAGUUUAAAUUGAUAGUGUUCAUAAAAUUAAGGAAAAUUAAUGUAUAUUUGAAACUAUUUUGUCUACCAGAGAUUUAACAACAAUUUAACAUUUGAGGUUACAUCAUUAUUAAUUGAUUACUUAUUAUAUCAUAUUAAAUUUGACAAAACAAUAGUAGACCUUAUCCUUGAACAUCAAAGGUUUUUUAUUGUGUAAACACCCUUGUUUCAUUUAUUAACUAAUGCACGGAAUUUUAAAGUACCAAUUGCUACGAGACGUAAAUAUUUCGUAAUGACAAGAAACAUGAAUUGACAACUUCGCAUUUCAUAGAAAACUAGAAAUGUGUGUAGAUUGUUCAACCCGAAUGGCAUACAGGCAUGAAAUGUUUGUUCUAAAUUCCAAUUAAAAGUCUACCGGCAUUAUUAUCAAACGUAGAUAAAGUUUCAGUGUUGCUAUGGUUACGAAAUUGCGUAUAAAGGAAUGGUAAACAAAACUUAAAAUAAUUAUAAAUAUCUGUAUCUGUAGAUUUUAUUGUUCUACGAAAGAGUUCGUUUUAGGAUGAGAUAUAUAGGUUAUUGUAAGUAAAUGUAUUGCUGCAUUUCUACAUUCUGAACUCAAAUUAAAAUCAAUUAUUUAAUAUCAGAGAUAUAAAAUAUACAAGUUAUUCCGUUCUUAUAGUCCUUACCUGAAUAUAGAAAUGCAGUGGUAUGAAAAUUAAAAUGGAGGUUGUAUAAAUAUCGCCGAGGGAUUAAUUAUCCAAUAAAAUAUUCUAAAACUGCA